CGAGAGAUCCCGGAGGAAAUUCCUUGGCGCCCCCCAAAGUCUCCGGUCUUGGGAGGUUGCACGCGUAGUUUUGCUAGAUAUAUAUUCCACCCGCCUCCCUGAUCGAUCGCUCUCACGCCAAUAGUUUAGUCGAACCGAACACCGAAGACUUUGACCCCGCGAUCGGCGAUCCCAACUGCCGCACCAGGUUUAUUAUCUCCCCGCCUCGCAAGGCGCAAGCUCUUCCCACAGCUUUCCUCCUAGCCAGCUCCGCCCUCUCCUUCCUCCAGCCGAAAGCAAUGGUGAGGUUGGGGCCUCUGGCCGCGCAGCACGCGGGAGGGUUCGCCGACGACCUGAGGCUGGAGAGCCCCGCGGUGCUCGUGGCCUUCGCGGUCGUGGCGACGGUGGCGGUGGCGGCCGUGGCGGCCUUCGGCUGCGCCAAGGGAGCCAAGAAGCCGCGCCGGCAGGACAACAACAACAACGUCUACUACUACGGCCAGGGGUACCCGCCGCCGCCUCCCGCCGGGGCGUACGGCUACCCGGCGCAGCAGCCGCCCCCGGGCUACGCGUACCCGCCGCCCGUCGACGCUGGGAGGAAGCAGGGAGGGCGCAUGGGGGCCGGCGCGGGGCUCGCCCUCGGAGCCGGCGCCGGCCUGGCCACCGGCGUCAUCGUCGGCUCGGCGCUCAGCUCCGGGUGCGGAGGCGGAGGUGGGUGCGGCGGCGGGUGCGGUGGCGGCUGCGGCGGUUGACUUGAUCGUACCACGAAGUGCUUAUCGGCUUGCCUUGGUGUGCGUAGUGGUUAGGCAGUUGGGCUUUGAUAAUUGUAUAGAUACUGCUACUACAAUACUGUCGCGUGUGAUGAUGGGCAUGACUCUAUGUCCACUUGUUUAAUUAUUACUACGUGAUGAGUAUAUUGUGAAAGCAGCAUUUGAUUU